AUGCCUCCGGAAACGGCAGGUUUGAAGCGCGUCGCUUGGCCUCCACCAGCCGACGUCGGUGAGUACGAAGUGCAUCCAUCACAGCAGCAGCAGCAGAUCCCGGUGCAGCAGCAGCAGCAGCAGCAGCAGUACCAACUGCCGCCCCAGCAACUGUACCAACAACCAGCUCCUCAGCAGCAGCAACCGCAUCCAACUUAUCAGCAGACCAACUUCCAGCAGCAGCAGCACCCUCACCAACCGGUUGAAAGGAUUAUUCCUAUUCAGAGGCCGGAAGACCAACAACACUAUCAACAGCCACUAGCACCGCAGUAUCAAAAUCCGCUCCAGCAACAGCCCUACCAACCGCAACCGACUGAAGCCUUCCAACCGCUGACAGCACAGCAACCGCUGUACCAACCGACUGUGCAGUCAACACCGCAACAGCACCAGCAGCAGCAGCAGCAGUUGCCACCGACACUGGUCACGACACUACGCAAAGAGCCACCAAUGUCUCAGGAGCCAGCUCCCGUCUAUCAGACGCAACCGGUUGCUGCUAUUUAUCAAGGAGGUAGCAAUAUGCGCGGAGAUCAAAAGUGGCCCCCAGAGGAAUACAAACGCCAAUCGGAAGUGGACAACGAGGAACGUCGCAAACUAGCCCAGCAGCCGGCCUUCCGCCCGCGUCGCCAACAGAAGGACUACGGAGCCUUUUUCGCAAAGAAUGCCCUCAACAACACCUACCCGGGCUACCGGGCUCCACCGGGAACGCAGCAUCAUGCAUAAAUGUAACCGAAAAGGUACAUCGGAUGCUCAGUUGAGUUCUUCGAUGUGAGUCAGCAGUGGCGACAGCAGAGAAGCAAAGAAACUACUUCCCCUUUUGCUGGUCAUUCUAUAGGCGGCAUCUAAUCUGGAUCUGAACGCUGAGUACGGCGGACCUUACUAAACAUUGCCUCCAUAUGCCCCUUCCGGUAUUAAUACGUAAAAGAGCACCAAAAGUUUUCUCCGAAAUUGCAAUUGAAGGACUCGGAAGCCAAUACUCAAAACACACAAAACACUUUUUCGACAACGCAACAACAACAAAUCCCAACACUGUUUGGAAACGAAAGCAUGUAGCAGUAGAAAUUAAAUUUACUAAGGUAAGAUUUGCGAGAGAAAGAAGCUGACUUCGGUGCGUACGCACCCGGAGCAGUCGGAGCGAACAGAUCCCUAAAGGACUGCUUCCGGUCAGAUCGGACACUGGCGUUAGUGCCGAUCCGUCUUGACCAGUGUUGUAAGCCAUAGUAGUCGUUCAAACAAAAAAACGACCAACACUCUAAGUGUAUGUUUUAAAAAGCAAAUGUUAUUUUCUAUAUUUAUUUACGCAAGCCAGGCCUCUGACCACGCUUCGAAUAACACUUUUACAGCGGUAAAGGCCAAACAUAAACGUCCAACAAAAAAGGCAGUUUUAAAAAGAAAUUGAGAGCAAUAGAAAAUGAUACGACUGGAGAAUGGGCGCGUUAACUGCGCGAUGGCUUUAAUUUUCCUGUGCCUAAUCGUGUGCUUCCUGUUCUCCGUUUCCGCGUGUGUAUUAAUUUGGUUUAUGUAUUCGACGUGAGCAAACGCAAUGCAUACAGGGCAGAAAGUGGAUAAAGGACAAAAAAUACUAGGAAUCAAACAAUAUCCUCUUCCCCGUUGCAAUACUGACAGAUUUGCAUAUCUUAUUAAUUUUGACUCUUCGCUUUCUUUUAUUUUCCUCCGCCUGGUUCGAACGCGAUGAACAAAUGAAACAAAACAAACAAACGAAAACAAAACCGCUACAGUGUAUUAUGCUUUACCGUGUACCGUAAGCGCUUAACGCUUGUUGUGAUUUUAUGACAAAAAGAAUAAAUAUAUAAAGGCUUAUUCGUUAUAA